GCACCUACAGCGGAAACAGACGAAGAGGAAGACGACAAUCCACGAAGAAGUCGGAAAGUAGCAAAACGUCUCUGAGCAAGGAGCCAACCGUGGACGUUUUGACUGUUGUUGCUAUGCAAAACCUUUAUUCGCCAUUAUUUUUGUUUGUUUUGUCGAUUGAUCAUAGACUAAACAUUACAGUUUAUCCGGUCUCGUCUCGCUGCACGUUCUCGCCCCGGUGCACUUUGAAGGCUUAUCGAGCUAGCCUAACUUGUUAGCGAAAGUUAGCCGCGCUCGCUAAUGUCGUCGUCGUGGGACAACAUGCAGAAAGUCCAAAGUCUGAGAGUGUUGGUGAAUGAAAGACUGACCGCUGCCGUGGAAGAAAUAUUCGAAGUGUUGGAAAGAACGAUAGCGGGGUACGAGGAGGAACUUUCUCGAACGAAAGAGGAGAACCAGCGACAGCGUCAACUACUGGCCGCUGCUUUGAAGCCUCAGAUUGAGUCGCACAGAACGGGCGUCAGUGAAGGAGGUCUUCCCCCAGAGCAGCAGCAGGCGGGCUCCAGGUUCGAGCAGCCCCUCCAAAUUAAAGAGGAAGAGGAGGAGCACGUGUUGACUCAGGAAGGCGCUGACAUCAGCACAUUUCCAGUGACCCGUGUGAUUGUGAAGAGUGAAGAUGAUGAAGACGAAGCUCAGUGGUCAGAGCUUCAUUACGGUCAAAGCGAGGAGCCGAGAAGAUUGGAAGCAGGCGGCCUCUUGGCGCCGCUGUCGGGUAGUGACGACGCCACGUCACACUCUUCCGACACGGACGAGGAAGACUCCAAGGCGGACAUGGCGAGUCACGCUGACAACUUCAAGUGCUCUCAAUGUGACAAAACGUUUGUCUACAAGCGGAAUUUGAGAAGACACAUGAGGUGUCACAAGGAAGACAAACACUUCAAAUGUUCUCAAUGUGACAAAAGUUUUGACGACAAGGCGCAUCUCGAAAGGCACACGAGAAGUCACACCGGAGAAAAACCUUUCGGCUGUUCAGUUUGCGGCGAGAGGUUCACCCUGAAAGGCAAUUUGAAGAGACACAGCAAGAGGCACACCGGAGAAAAGACGUUUUCCUGUUCGGUUUGUCGCCAGCCAUUUUCUUCCAAGUCUAACUUAAUGGCGCACACAAGAACACACACGAGAGAAAAGCCCUUCUCGUGUUCGUUCUGCAACGCACGAUUUAGCGUCCGUCCGGCGCUGGUUCAACACGUGAGAACGCACACCGGCGAAAAACCCUUUUCCUGCUCAGUCUGCAGUAAAAAAUUCUCCCAAAGAGCGCAUCUGACGGCGCACACGAGAACGCACACGGGGGAGAGACCUUUUUCUUGCUCCGUCUGCAACGUGACUUUCGGCGUCAGUUCGACGCUGAUCCAACAUAUGAAGACGCACACCAACGAGAAGCCGUUUUCCUGCUCAGUUUGCGGGAAAACGUUCUCCCGGAAGAGGAGCUUGACCGCGCACAUGCGAACACACACCGGAGAGAAAUUGUUUCCGUGCUCCGUCUGUAAUGAGAGUUUCAGCGCUCGUUCGACAUUAAUCAACCACAAGCGGACGCACACCGGAGAGAAACCUUUCUCCUGCUCGUUCUGUGGGAACAAAUUCUCUCAAAAGGCCCACAUAAUAACACACAUGCGCACACACACUGGAGAAAAGCCAUUUUCUUGCUCAGAUUGCGGUCAAACGUUCUCUCUGAAAGGCACGCUAAUGAAACACUCCCGGAAACACACCGGAGAAAAGCCAUUUUCAUGUACGGUCUGCAACAUAAGCUUCGGCGUCAGCUCCACCCUGAUUCGUCACAUGAGAACACACACCGGCGAGAAGCCUUUCGCUUGUUCGGUCUGCGGCAAAACAUUCUCCCUGAAAAGCUCUUUGGUGAUACACACAAGGAAGCACACCGGAGAGAAAACAUUCAGUUGCAAGGUGUGUGACGACAAAUUCUCUUCCAGGUGCCAGCUUAACAAACACGUGUGUGCUGGGGAGGGCAGUGGCAGUCAAACACUUGUCACCAGGGAGAAGACUUGGUUUGAUAAUGUUGCGAACGGGUUGCAUUUCUGCAAAAGCAAUGUCCGCAAGACGCAGAAGGAACGGCAGGAAGUAGCUUUAAGUGCGCCGUCAAGCUCCCCGAGCUGGCUUAGCUUGUUAGCUGCUAACAAAGAGACGCGGAAGUGCGCGACACCAUCCAAAAUGUGCAAAGUCAAAAUGCUGCGGGCGUUGGUGAACGAGCGGCUGACUGUGGCCGUGGAGGAAAUAUUCGUCGUGUUGGAAAGAACGAUAGUGGAGUACGAGGAGGAGCUUUGUCGGACGAAAGAGGAGAACGAGCGACAACGUCAACUACUGGACGCUGUUUUCAAGCCUCAAAUGGAGUCACACCGAGCAGACGUCAGUGAAGAAGAUCUCCCCUUUGAGGAGCAGGAGUGGAGCUCCAAGAUGGAGCAGGAGGAGGAGCCGCAGCCCCCUCAUGUCAAACAGGAAGAGGAGGACCAAGUGUGGAUUCAGGAGGACGCCGACAUCAGCAAGUUUCCAGUGACUCGUGUGAUUGUGAAGAGCGAGGACGAAGCCCAGUGGCCACAGCUUGAUCACGGUCCAAGUUUGGGAAAGAGGAGAUCAGAAGCCGGCAGCCUCUUGGCUCCGCUGUCGGACAGUGACGACACGGCGUCACGCUCUCCUGGCACUGACGACGAGGACUCGAAAGCUGACACGACGUCUCACGCUGACAACAAACAUUUCAAAUGCGCUCAAUGCGACAAAACCUUUGAUAAGAAGACGCACUUAAAAAUACACAUGCGGACUCACACCGGAGAAAAACCUUUCAGGUGUUCAGUUUGCGGCGAGCGAUUCUCCCAAAAGGGCAAUUUGAUGCGACACACCAAAAGGCACACGGGCGAAAAAACCUUCUCAUGUGCAGUUUGCGGCCAGUUAUUUUCCUCCAAGUCCAAUUUGAUGGUGCACACCAGAACACACACGGGCGAGAGACCCUUCUCCUGCGCCAUCUGCAACACCGGUUUUAGUUCCCACUCGUCCCUGUUGAGGCACAUGAGAACGCACACCGGCGAGAAACCGUUCGCCUGCUCAUUUUGCCACAAGACGUUCUCUCAAAGGGAACAUCUGAUAGCGCACACCAGGACGCACACCGGGGAGAAGCCCUUCCUGUGCUCCGUCUGCAACGUGACGUUCACCUUCCAGUCGUCGUUGGUGAGGCACAUGGUGACGCACACCGACGAGAAACUGUUCCCCUGCUCGCUCUGUGGCGAAACCUUCUCACUCAAAAGCACUCUGAGGAAGCACACGAGGAAACACACCGGCGAGAAACCCUUCGGUUGCGAUUCGUGCGGCGGAAAGUUUUCCUAUAAGUACCAGCUGAGCAAACACGCGUGUGCUGGCGAGGGCAGCAGCGGUCAAACACUCUUCACCGGCUAGAUUUCACCUUUUAUUAUGUCGUUAUUGUGCAUGGGUAAUAUAUAUUCUAACACAUUGUAAUCAAAUCUUCCUCUUUGUGUACGACUUAAAGCACUUAAACACUGACUGACCACAAUGUGGCAAAUAUUGUCUAAUAUUUUGACCAGGCCACACUUUAAUGUAAUGUCGAUUAAUUAAUAACAGGAUACUUUAUA